CAACAAAUUAUGGCGGCAGCACCUGUUCGAUCAAAUCUCUCCUUAAGAGGCUCAUCUAAAGUAAUUAGUGAAUUUUUUGAAUACGCGGUGAAUUCUAUCCUUUUUCAACGCGGUAUCUAUCCACCUGAAGAUUUCAAAGUAGUGCGUAAAUAUGGGAUAAGUAUGCUUGUCACAGUGGACGAAGAAGUCAAAACAUACAUUAGAAAGAUUAUAUUACAACUUCAUCGUUGGACCUGUGGAGGAAAGAUACAAAAAGUUGCUUUAGUUAUCACAAACAAAGACUCUGGGGAAGAUUUAGAACGCUGGCAGUUUAACGUUGAAAUCCUGCAAAAAGAUACUACGACAGUGGCAGAACAUGCCCAGGAUGAGUCCAAAAUUCAAAAGGAAGUUCAGGCUCUAAUUCGCCAAAUUACAGCAACCGUGACUUUUUUGCCCCAACUCGAAGGACGCUGUACAUUCAAUGUGCUAGUUUACGCCGAUCGCGACAGUGAAGUCCCUACAGAUUGGGUGGAUAGCGACCCCCGCUUAAUUAAGAAUGCAGAACAAGUCCAGCUACGAAGCUUUAGUACCAGCAUGCAUAAAAUUGAUUGUCAGGUUGCCUAUCGCUUUGAUCCGUAAUUCAAUUUCCGAAUGCUUUUGCGACCCAAAAGUAACCUCUCAAUAGAACUAUUAUAAUCAACGAUGUCAAACGCUAGACUCUUCCGAGUGGUCUACAAUGGGACCGAUUCCUUCCUUCAUGAAAUGGGCAUUCUAUUUGCUUUUGUUUAUUUACUUUCCUUUACCGAGUUCUAUGAUCGAUUUCGAUAUCAACUUUUUCGCUUACGAUACAUCUUUUUAUAAAAGGUCGUCAUCACCGUUAUCCCUUUUUUGCGUGGCGUCGCUAUAAUACGCAAUUAAAAUCGAUUCACUUGUGCUAUGUAAAAUUAGAAUCACCCAUUCACCAAGAGAUUGUACGAAAAGUGCUAAGGCUU